AUGGGUCUACUGGUCCUUGUGCAAGAGUACUUCCUGGGUCAAUUACCACUCACUUCGCGCAUGCGAGUACUCAGCUUCAUCGCCAAAUACAGCAAUAUCAAAGAUGCAGAAGAUGGUCCGAGUGGACAUGACCUAUUGUCCAGGAUCGAUGCCAAUAUCAUCGAUCUCUUCCUUCCUCUGACCACUCUCGCCUCAGUUGUCCCUGGUCGAAGUCUCUAUGACAUCCUCUUACAAGCACUCUGGAGUCUGCAAAGCUUACAUGCUCUCCACUUGUUCUUCGAAAAGGUCGCCCAACAUGUGGACAGCGUGGAGAAGCCAGAGACCGCGGCCAAAGACUCGAUCAUACCCUCUCGUGCAUCACCCUUGGGCCAGUAUUGUCGUCGCUGCUGGCUCGAGUUCACCAGACUAGAAUUUGACGACACUCGAUCUCUAUGGCUGGCAUAUACGGACUGGCGAGCACCGACGUUCGAUCAAUGGUCGCAACGAAACCCGGAGAGUGCUGCGCAGUACGGUGUGUCAGACGACGUCAAGGACUCCGACCUGACACAGAGGUUGAUCAGGCCGACGAGCGAGUCUGUAGUCAGCGCUGCGGACGUCAAUAGUGUCAUCGCAAGUUCGAUCUACUAUCUACAAAAGCUCGGCACUCGAGCUCCAGAAGCCAUGAAAGGACGGCUACGAGCUUGGCUUACCGAUCAGCACGACGCUGGAGUGCAAUCCCUACAGCACUUCAUGGAGUUCUUCGACCAUUGGAAGGCUGGUCAGUACACGAUGGCGCUCGAAAGUCUGCAUCGAUACUUUGACUACUCGUUGGUCGCGAAGCCUGGCUCGAACGAUAACAUGCGUGUCUACUACCAGUAUGCUUUGCUUCACCUCAGUGUUCUGCACGCGGACUUUGAUUGUUGGGAAGAGAGUGUUGAUGCUAUGGACGAGUGCAUCGCUACAGCACGGGAGAACCACGACACGGUCUGUCUCAACUUUGCGUUAUCCUGGCUUCUCUAUCUACGGCAGGCGAAGCCCAAGAAUGGCAGCCUUGACUACAGAUCUGCAUCGGGGUUCCUGGGCGCCGCUGCGUGCGAACAAGACGAGAUUGGGUUCCUGAAAGCGAAGGCGAAGGACACUAAGCAUUGGUCGCUUCUGAGCAGUACACUUCUCGAAGAGGCAAAACUCGGCAUGCACGUGAGCGGCGUCACAGCAACUUCCAUCGAACAAAUAGUGCAAGCAGCAUAUGUGAAUAUGCAGCAAGAUCUACAGACUUUAAUGCCGGCAGCUAGUCUCUUCGAGAGUGCUGUUCUCGAACGCUUGGGACAAAGCCAUGUCUCGGGUCUAGCUCAUGACGUGGUCAGAUGCAUUCAUGCCGACCAGGCUCCAUUGGCAGAUCGAGUGCGAUCUGUAUGUCGUUCGGCAUACAAUGCUGCGCAGGCGGGCCAAUAUACGUCUGCAAUGGAGGUUCUUGAGAGUCUGCUGCACGUUGUCAGCGGUGUCCUAAAGCUCGAGCAGCGAAUCGUUGGGUUUCUGAGUCUGGUUCAUCUCGUGAAGAAUCUUGCUAUGGCCAAGCUGGACCAUGCUCGCUAUCACCUUGCACAACUCAAGCCCCUACGGUCUCUUGGCGACACUGAAGUAGAUUUCGAGCUCAACCUUGUCGAUAUCGAGCUGGCCAUCCAGGAGUCAGAUCUGGAAAGAGCCAUGGCGCUGGUGGAUGCUGAGCUCCAGCGCGCAAAGCAAACCACAUCUCACGUCGACGUUUCUCAACGCUUGCACUACAUGGUGCUUAAAAGCAGAGUCUUCGCCAUUGCUGGACAAGCUUCGCAAGGCUUCUCCAUCGCCUCCCGCGCUGCCUCUACUGCUAUGAGACUGAGACUUAUUCCUACCUUACUCGAAGCUACGCUCAGCCUGGCUGUGAUAUUGAAUGAGUUGGCGGAGUACGAUGCAGUCAUCGAGUUGCUCGAGGCGACAGUGCCAAAGAUCAACGAAUUUCGCCCUUCCCGCUUAUUGCCUCGUGCUCUCUACAGGCUUGCAGAAGCGCAUGUAGGUCUUGCUGGCUUAGCCAAAACCGCUGAGCGCAACCGGCUUGUACGAGAGGCGGAGGACCUGUUUGAGCGAGCGCGGAACACUUACUCACUCUUGAGCGAUCAUAAUGGGAUGCUUGACUGCCUUGCCAUGAAGUCACUGCUGGCAAAGUGGAGAGAGGAUGAGCACGCUGCGGCGCAGUCAGAUGGUUUGUACGCUCAAUUAGUGAUAGAGAAGCAAGUGGCAGAUCAGUCUGUCUGA